AAGUGAAUCACGUAGAGUCGUUGUCGCAGACACUAUCAUCGCUCAAACAGCUGGAAACGCUUAGUAUUGAUAUGUAUAACAGUCCCAUUCCGUGGAAGGCUCUCAAUGGUCUGAAUAUCAAGAGUCUGACUCUGGGUGGUCAGAUGUAUGAUUUGAAAGUGAAUCAUGUAGAGUUGUCGCAGACACUUUCAUCGCUCAAACAGCUGGAAACGCUUAGUAUUGAUAUGUAUAACAGUCCCAGUCUGUGGGAGGCUCUCAAUGGUCUGAAUAUUAAGAGUCUGACUCUGAGUGGUUCGAAUGAACGUUUGGGAGUGAAUCAUGUAAAGUCUUUGUCGCCGACACUAUUAUCGCUCAAACAGCUGGAAACGCUUACCAUAUGCGUAGAUAACUAUAUAGACAUACAGCUACCACAAUCAUUGAAGUAUGUGAAUAUCUACUGUAAGGCAUUGUGUCCAACCGAUUUACGCAAACUUGCAGAAACACUGUCAGCAUGUGAUCAGAAAAUUGAGGGAAAGCUAGAAUUCGGAUGUUCAUGCAUUACACCCGAAUUUACUACUUUUAUCGUUUUUGAACAAAUCCCAGUGGUGAAAUACAUGGCCAUCCUACAGGAACUGAAGAAGCUGAACACUGUUGCAGUGAAACGAUUCCAAAUAUUUGAUCGCAUACCACACAUAAUGCGGAAUGGUGAUUCUGCCUGGUCUGUACGUGGUAUUUGUGAUGCUGACGAUGAUCAUGAGGAUUUUGGAAACGCUCAAGAUUAUGCAUACAGACAAUUCAUUACAAAUAUUAAUUAUAAGAUCAUAAAUCGUAUUUCAAUGCGAUUUGUGAUAAGCCCGGCGUCGAUCUCAUAAAUCCAUGAAUGCGACUCAACGACAUGAUUAUGACAUGAAAAAUAUCAUAAUGUAUGUAUUGAACGCAUGUUGUAAAUAAGAACACUAGCUUUAUCUCACUUGGGUAUCAUAAUAAGAUUGUUGCGGUUAUUUCUGUCAAACAUUCAAGAAAUAAAUACUGUAAUUCUA